CCCGGGAAGAAGGCGCCUCCCACUCGGCUGCCCCUGACCGUGGCUCCGGGCUCUCGCCUACGGGUCUCGCCUCCUCCGCGCGGUAGACAGUUUGCAGGCGGCGACGAGCCCGACUUAAAUAUCUCCAAUGGCUAACGAAGCUCAUCCUUGUCCCUGUGACAUUGGCCAUAAGAUGGAAUAUGGAGGGAUGGGGCAUGAAGUUCAAGUUGAACAUAUCAAGGCUUAUGUCACCAGAUGCCCCGUUGAUGCUGGCAAAGCCGUGAUUGUCAUUCAAGAUAUAUUCGGUUGGGAGAUGCCCAAUACCAGAUAUAUGGCUGACAUGAUCUCAGGAAACGGAUACACAACCAUCGUUCCAGACUUCUUUGUAGGGCAGGAGCCAUGGCACCCCUCUGGGGACUGGUCCACUUUCCCAGAGUGGUUGAAAACAAGGAAUGCCAGAAAGAUCGACAAAGAGGUGGAUGCUGUCUUGAGGUAUCUGAAACAACAGUGUCACGCCCAGAAAAUUGGCGUCGUGGGAUUCUGCUGGGGAGGAAUUGCUGUCCAUCACGUGAUGAUGAAAUACCCAGAAUUCAGGGCAGGGGUGUCUGUGUAUGGCAUCGUCAAGGAUUCUGAUGACGUGCACAGUUUGAAGAACCCCACGUUGUUCAUUUUUGCAGAAAAUGAUGCUGUGAUUCCUCUUGAUCAAGUCUCUUUGCUGACCCAGAAGUUGAAAGAACACUGCAAAGUGGAAUAUCAAAUUAAAACAUUUUCCGGGCAAACUCAUGGGUUUGUGCAUCGAAAGAGAGAAGAUUGUUCACCUGAAGAUAAGCCCUAUAUUGAUGAGGCAAGAAGGAAUUUACUCGAAUGGCUGAGCAAGUACAUUUAGCAGUGGCCAAUGCAAACUUUUCUCAAGAUAGCGUUUGUCUGGAAAUUGGCUUUGAAAUAUUUAAUCAUUUUAUUUAAUUUCCACUUUGUAUAAAAUAAAUCAAGGAAUCCUG